AUGUCUUGUGAGCCAUUUCGCCGAGUGACCUUCUCGGUGGUGAGCCAGCCCCAGGACCCUCACCAGCAGGGAUCGCUGCAGAGCUGCUACGACAGCGGCCUGGACGAGUCGGAGACCCCCAGCAGCAAGAGCUCAUCGGGCCCCCGGCUGGGCGCCCUGCCCCUGCCAGAGGACAGCUACGAGAGGACAACGCCGGAUGGCAGUGUCGAUAGCAGCAUGAGGAGGACAGGGAUUGUGUUGCUGUAG